GUCGGUCGAAAUUGUGCUAGUAUUCAGCACUACUAGUGCAGGUGCUGGUAGCUCUCGGUUUAGUUUGAUGCCAAUAUUAUUCGGCUGUACUUGAAACUGAUGCUUCUUGUGGUUCAUCUUCUGAACAAUAAAUCUACUCUCCUCCUCCAGCAGCAUCUCUUUCUCUGUUUACCCCUAUCUAUCAUCAAAACAUAAGUACGAAUACGACAUACGAACCUAAAACACAACAGCUACAAUCGGCGAAAGAACAAAUUUCACGAUCGAGAAGUUUAAAAACCAGUCACAACUUUCACGCUCGAAUCAAAAAUCGACCACGACGCGACUCGAGGUUCUUUUUGAAGCUACUUACAACGAGAAACAAACACCAAGCAGCAGAAGAAAAGCCAGCAGAACUACAUCAUCGUUUAUCAUGUUGUACAAAGCCAAGGUCCUGGCCGGAGCGAAGCUCCUCGUCUCCACCAACUUUUGCCUGACCUCGGGCGAAGCCUCGGCGUUCAAAACCGAGGGCACUGCUGGUGCGGCGGCGGUUCCCUCCUCGACCUCUUUCCUGGCCAAGGAGGCGACCAAGCAGGAGACGAAAUCCGAUUCGUCGGCCGAAUCGAGUGCUUCGUAUUCCUCGGAAAACGAUGGCUCCUUCGCCAGUUCUUCUUCUUGUUGCGACGAUGACACCGAGGUCGAGGUUUCCGCGUCCGCCAGCGCCGGCGCGCCCGUCGGCAAAGGCAAGAAGCUCCCUGCCAUGGGGGACGAUGCGGCCAAGCUGAUUAUCUGGAGUAAAAACGUCCCCAUUUCCUCCUUCGCGUUGCAGUUGUCAAGAUGGAAAAUCUGCUAGAAAAAUCUAAAUCAACGAGCUUUGGUUGUUGCGCAUGACAAACUACUUGGGCGCGACGUCGCAAUGUAGUCGUCUUGAUAACUUUAGCUAGUGCAGCAGCAUCACAUAUGCAGAUCUAGCACACCAGCACUCGGCUGCGAGCAUCGCAAAUUUAUCAAAACGGCACUAGGAAGUGCGUCGCAUCAUGGGUCUACACCUCCGCAUGAGAUGAAACAACAUUUUGAGCAUGCAGAUUUGCAUUCCAAGAACUUUGGACUUGGAGUGGGGACGUAGUUUUUACGCGGGAUACAGAUGGAAAAGGUGGCCAAGAUGAACCACCUGCAAGCGAAGAACCUGCAAGCCAUGCACAAAAAAAUUGUCAUGUCCGCCAAAAUGUACUUUUUUUUCCCAUAAAAUUUCAGUGUUUCGUUUGGUUUCAUACAUAAUGUGCAAAAGAAGAAUAAAAUAUGAGUACUUACUAUACUAAGAAUAAGACUCUGCAGCUUCUCUGUGCGUCUGCAAGCAGGGCCAGGGAUGAUCGCCAUCAUCUGAAUCAGUUGAAUUCAUUCGUUUUGGUAGAAAAUGUAGAUGAAGAAAAAGGAAAAGUGCAAUUAUGCAAAAUCGCGCUGGUACCUAUCAGAAGAAAUUUUGCUUCUUCACCAAUAAAAAAAACAGCCUUCGCAGUGAGGCGGUGGUGCUGCAGCAAACGGCGGAGCUAUGGCAAUGAAAAAUGCCCCCUCCCCAUAUCAAAAAGGAAAUCAAAAUCUGUGAUGCAGAUUUGUGGUCACAAAUCAGCCUUGUGAUGCUAGAAGGCAGAGCCAGAAGAUGCGGUGGACUGUAGUGCUGCCUAGCGUGGGAAAGCCUUGCAGCUCCAGGAUGGCAGGAGGCAACUGGAAGUGGGGAACAGCAUGACAGACUGCCUGCAAUUUAGGCCGCAGCUUCGUCGCUUGGCCUUCUAGCAAUACAAGUCGAUUUGUGUACUCAAAUACAGCAUCACAAAUUCGCGCAUCUUCCGUUUCCGAUAUGGGGUGGGGGCUUUUUUCACUUUGAUCCGAGCAGUACCACAACUACGCCGCGCUGCUGGACCUGAUGGCGAAGCAAUAUGCAUUGCAAAUGUAAUGUCUGGGUCUGGAAAGUUGUCAUGCAAAGCAGUGAAUAGUGGAUGCACGACUGCAAUACGUGGCCAAGCAUGACAAGUUUUUGAGCUGCUAUGUCUUUCGCUUUGCGCAUGACAAACUGCGUUUUUGCAUAACACCCACGGGGCUCUUUUCCUGCUCAUGCAUCACAGAGCUAAGAGUCAUGCCGGCCAAGCAUGACAAACCUUGCAUCCUUUCAGACCCAGACAUAUUUGCAAUGCAUAAGCAAACGGCUGUCGCCAUGAAGAUGCAAGCCGAAACCGCCGAGCAGGUCAUGAAGAACGCGGACAUAUCCUGAGCAAAAACCUCCCCACCCCAUAGUCAAGAUAGGAAAUCUACUAGACAAAUCAGCCAGCUUUGGCUGUUUCGCAUGACAAGUUUGUCCUCGGUGAAUGUAAUCCUGUUGAGCUAGUCCAGCAGCAUCACUGAUCUAGCAUAUCGUGCUGAUUCUAGCAUCACAGACUUCAAAACACGACUUGAGAACGAUUCUCAUGCGAUUGCGAAGCUCCCGCAUGAGAAACUUUUUUUGCAUGCAGAUUUGCAUGACAAUUGAUUCUGGGGUGGCGGGGACGUUUUUGCUCAGGAUAGGACAUGCGUGGAAACUACGACCAAGUCAACGAACGGGUGAAAGUCGGCAUCCUGUCGCAGGGUGGUGUGAACACCAUCCCGGCUGGGGACGGCGACGACGAGGCUGUUGCUGCGGCCAACGCGAAUGCGCAUGCCGCAGCGUCUGGCCGCGGCGGGGGCCGGAUGAAUGCCAAUGCGCAGGCCGCCGCCCGGGCCGGAGGUGCCAGCGCCUUUUAUCCAGGAAAAAAACUGUGUCAGUGUAACCUUGUAGAAAGGGCAGCAUCACAAAUUCGUUUUGCAUUACAGGGAAAACCUGUGAUGCGCAGCUAGCAUGUGAAAACACGUAUGAAAGUAGUCUACGACCACGCACAUCCAGCAUGACACGUGUAUACAGCUUUGCAUUUUCAGCAUCACAGACUUACACUCACAUAGUUUUUUUCUUGCAUACCUUUCUGCAGAAGACCACCAUCACGGCCGAGGGUGAGGCCGAGAUCUCCAUUGCCGACCGGAUCACGGGCGAACUGCUGACUCCGGAGCAGCUGGAGGCUGCGGCCGAAGCGGAGGCCUCUGCCUUCAUUCAGAAGCAGCAGGAAGAGUUCGCUCGGACGCACGAGGUAUCCUGUACAAAAGUAUCGUACUCAUAUUGCAAUCGUGCAUUACACUUUUUUUCUCAAGGUAAAUCCGCAUGACAAAUUUUAUUUCUGAUGCUGAGAAAAUUUGUAAUGCGCUUAUACGAGGAGUACGAUACUUUUGUAAUUCAUACGAGGCCACCCAGGCCCGCGUCAUGCAAGCGGCCAGCGGCAUCGUUGACGCGCUGCAGAAGCCGUUUUAAAAACGCGGUGGGGGACGAUGUGGAGUUUUAUUCACCUUUUCAUUUCCGCGUGAAAGAUUUUUCUUUUAUCUGCGGGGAUGAAGAUGGUGUUUUGGAACAAGAUGAGGUGGAACGAGGCGGAGCGGAGGUGCGAAAAGUUCUGGGGAAGUGAUAUCAUUUCGCAACAUGACUGUGAUUUGAGUUGAAAUAAGAUCGACAAAAUUUCUUACACAGAGGCGGUUGAAAAAGGAAUGAAAAAAUCAUGUGGUGGUUAUUUAGGGUCGUGCAAAAACAAACUGUCGUUUAAAGUAUUUUUUUUUGUAAACAUCGAACUCUCGUAUAACUUUGUUUUGUGCUAUCUUCAGUCAUUGACGUGUACAAUUUAAUUGUUCACAACUUUACGUUUACGCUUUACACAUUUUGCUAUUGACGUAGUGCUUCUCACUUCAUACAUUUACAUUAUCGGAAAAAUUUUGUUACAUUUUCAGAUCCAAUUCAAGAGCUUUCUUUCAAAAACAACAAGCAUUACCAAUUUCUACGCCCCUGAAAAAUUAGAAUUGAAGACCAGCUGAGUUGUGCAAUGUCCUACUAAUUUUGAACCCUAUGGAAGACUAUUUCUCAAAAAUAAAUCACGUUUACGGUGCCACAGUACUCCUUUGCUUUCUGUAUUAGUCACGGCAGGACGCGCUUGUUACGGCAAGCGACUUGUACGCCAAAAGAAAUCCAA